CGAUAAAUUUGAUAUAUAUGUAAAAAUUAAUUUAAUGUAAAAUCUAACAUGUUGGAAGAAGUAUGUUUUAGAUAUGAGCUUCCAGUGGCUUUAACAUGGGCUUGUGAGGCUACUACAGAUAAAAUUAUGUUGGAUGGCAAGAAACAUACUCUAUUCAUGGAAAGGACUUCUUGUUAUGCAAGUAAUGAGGGGUCUCAAUGUUUCAUGGAAGCAUGUGCAAAACAUCAUAUUCAAGAAGGGCAAGCCAUUGCUGGGAAAGCAUUCCAAUCAAGUGCUAACUUUCAUUUCAAACCAAGUAUUACAAAGCUUAUGAAAAGUGACUAUCCACUGUUUAAUGCUGCACAGUUGUUUGGUAGCCAUGCUGUUGUUGCUAUCUGUCUACAAAAUCACUACAUCAUUGGUGAUGUUUAUGUAGUAGAAUUUUAUUGGCCUGAAAUUGAAAGUGAGAAAUCAGAAUCUUUAGCACUUGAUAUCUUCAGUGACUUGAAAAAUAUGAAGAAAAAGUUUGUAACUAUACGAGUUGGAGGUAAUGAAGUUGGAUUCGAGAGAGAAGCCAUUUCAACCACUCUGCAGGGGACAAUGCAUAUGAGAAAUGCGCAACCAGCUUCAUCCACCAAUGAUUUACUAAGCUCAAACACAACAUGGUCUUUGAAUGCAGUUCAACAAUGUGAUGUUCAUGAAAUGGAAAGACAUGGGCUUGUUGAGCAGGUAGAAUCAGCUCCCUUUAGCACACCCAAUCCCAUGAGUUAUGGAGGAGUACUACAAACCCAAGGGCCUCAUAAACAGGAAAUUGGUGAUAAGGAUUUCAUUUCUCAGACUGUAUCCAUUGGUGACUAUGAGAUUGUGAAAGCAUACAUGGAGACCUGUAAAGUCCCACGAACCAAACGGAGAAAGUACUCGUCUAAAGUUUGGCUGGAUUUCGAUAAGUUUGAAGUGAAUGGAAAACAAGUAGCCAAAUGUAAACAUUGCAAUAAGGAUUUUACAGGGUCAAGCAAGAGUGGAACCACACACUUGAAAAACCAUUUGGAAAGAUGCCAAAGUAAGAAAAUAAAAAAAUCAGGAAAGGCAGUUAAGCACAUCUGAAAUAGGUGAUUUGAUCACUCGGGAUAGUGAUGAAAGCAACUUCACAUUCGAUCAAGAAAGGAGUCGCUUGGAUUUUGCGAAAAUGAUUAUCAAGCAUCAAAGUCCAUUGGAUAUGGCUGAACAAGAGUUCUUUAAGAUUUUCGUGAAAAAUUUACAGCCAAUGUUUGAGUUUCAAUCAAAAGAUAUUUUAUUAUCUGACAUACAUCGCAUCUAUAAAGAAGAAAAGGAGAAACUUCAGUUAUAUUUUGAUCAGCUUGCUUGUAACUUCAAUUUGACAAUCAGUUUGUGUAAGAACAACCACGGAAAGACAGCAUAUUGCUGUUUGAUAGCACACUUCAUUGAUGAUAAUUGGGAGCCAAAAAUGAAGAUUAUUGCCUGCAAAGCUUUGGAGCAUAUCUAUGACACAAAGGCUUUAAACGAAAUUAUUCAGAGCUCGGUUUUGGAGUGGAAUAUAAGUAAGAAAGUAUUUUCCAUAACUAUGGAUAACCCUUUUUUGAAUGACGAUAUGUUUCAGAAGAUAAAGGAAACUUGUUUUAGUGACCAAGGUUCGUUUCCUUCAACUCACUGGUUCAUCGGUUGCACUUUCAUUGAAGAUGGUUUUCGUGAGAUGGAUCUAAUACUUUUGAAAUUAAGAAAAUCCAUUGAAUAUGUAAGUGAAAUAGCACAAGGAAAACUGAAAUUUGAAGAAGUUGUAAAUCAAGUGAAGCUACAAGGUGUGAAAUCAUGGGAUGAUCUUUCUUUAAGGUUGGAUUCAGACUUUGGUGUGCUUCAUAGUGCCUUGGAAUCAAGAGAAAUAUUUUGUCAACUGGAGAAAAUUGAUGGCAACUUUAAAUUAAACCCAUCAGUGGAGGAAUGGGAGAUGGUACUAGCUUUCCACAGUUGUUUGAAAUGUUUUGAUGAUAUCGAAGGAACUCAAUCACUUACUGCAAAUUUGUACUUCCCAAAGCUCUGCAACAUAUAUAAGAAAUUUCUUCAUCUGGAAAAGAGCAACUAUCCAAUUGUUACAUUGGUGAAGAGGAAAUUUGACUACUAUUGGAGCUUAUGUAAUUCGGCAUUCGCUGUUGCAACUAUUCUUGAUCCAAGGUUAAAGUUUAAAUUUGUGGAGUUCUCAUAUACUGAGAUUUAUGGCCAUGAUAGUAAGAUGCAUUUGAACAGAUUUCAUAAAGUCCUCACAGAUGUUUACUAUGAAUAUGCCAAUGAAGCCAGAAAUCUGUCUAAAUCUACUUCAGACUUGGAUGAUUCCAAUUCUUCAACAACAGAGAUUGUUAAUGAUUGUAUUCUGGAAUCUUUCAGUAAAUUUGCAUCUGCAAACAACUUUAAUGAGGUGGCCUCAUGGAAAUCUGAGCUUGACUGUUACUUGGAUGAGCCGUUACUUCCCUUGGAUGGAGCCUUUGACAUACUUUACUGGUGGUGUAUUAAUACUAAAAGGUUUCCUACACUAGCAAAGAUGGCUCGAGACUUCAUUGCAAUGCCAAUAUCAAUACUCGCACCAUGUUUGAAUUUCAAUGCCAUGAUCACAAAUCCAACCUACAACAACUUGAAUCCUGAGAGUAUGGAAGCUUUAGUAUGUAGUCAGAACUGGUUGAAAAUUCCAAAAGAAAAUGAUGGAGAAAAUCAUGGACCAAUGCAAAAUAUGUAUAAAAGGAAAAGGAAGAUGGAAGACCACUCUAAUGUGGUAAAAGUUUCUAAAAAUUGGAAUCGAGAAGAAGCUAAUAGUAGUGGAGACAUUGCCAAAGGAUCCAUCAAAAAUGAGAACAUAGAAGCUUCAGUUUGCAAUCGAAAUAGGUUGGAAAUAUCAACAGGAAAACCUAAUCAUGGAAGAAACAUUACUGCCUUAAUCGAAAUUCCAAAAGAUGACUCACCAUUCAGCAAUAAUAAGUCAGGUCAGUUUCAAAGCUUGUCUUCUGAGUCUGAUAACGAAACAACAUUGAAGGAGCAAGGAUCAUGGUGUAAAGAGGAUGUUCGGGCAUAUUUAGUCUCGAGAUUUACAGGCAAGGAGAAUAAACGACUAAAUAGAUGGCAAACUAAUGAGUUGAUUGGAAAAUUGAUUGGACGAGAUAAGGAGUUUUGCUUAAUGGGUGACAAAUUAGCACCUUUACUCAUGGUGCCCCAUGGUGAUGAAACUCGAAAAGAGUAUUAUAUUGAUGAUUGUGUCGUUAAUACAUUCUUCAAAUUACUUAAGAAGAGAUCUGAUAGAUUUCCAAAGGCAUACAUUAAUCAUUAUUCAUUCGACUCUCAAAUAGCUACUUGCUUGAUACAAGGAUCCAGAUCAGAACAUGAAGUAUUAGCUUGGUUUAAAGCUAAGAAACUAAGAGGUGCUCAUAAAUUGUUUUUACCAUUGUGUUUAUCAGCCCAUUGGGUUCUUUUCUAUGUUAAUACCAAGGAGAAGAAAAUUUCAUGGUUGGAUUCAAAUCCAUCGUCUCGAAUAAUGUCUAAUAAUGUUGAAAAACAAACAAUAUUACAAUGGUUCACGACCUUUCUACUGCCAGAGUUUGGUUAUUAUGAUGCAAAUGAAUGGCCAUUUCUAGUGCGUACUGAUAUUCCAGUGCAAAAAAACUGGGUUGAUUGUGGGGUAUUUGUGAUGAAAUAUGGUGAUUGCCUUACGCAUGGUGAUUUCUUCCCUUUCACACAAAAUGACAUGGUUCAUUUUCGACGUCGUAUCUUCCUUGAUAUAUACCGUGGAAGAUUGUAUGGUAAAAUUAGACAAGUUUGAUGCCUUGUUUUUUCUUUUUUCUUACUUUUGUGAAACCUGACCGCUUUUUAUGCAUACAUGGUACUUUUAUCCUCAGUUUAUACUUACUUUCUAUGGUUAAAGGUGAAGAACAAUGUAAUUAAAAAUAUGACUUGACAAUAGAAUAAGCUUUUGCCAAUUUUAAA